ACGCAAAGCAGCUUCCAGUCAGAGAGACUGCAGCACAUCCUUGGCCGCUGCCCCACCGCACCUGACGGACGGUCGGCCGGCCGGCCGAUUCUCUCCCCGUCCCCAGCUUCUUCGCCACAAGCCGCGUCCACGAGCGGUAUGGGGGCGCCCGCAGCCCACGAGUAGCGAGUCACCGGUUCAAUCUCGAGGCGGAAAAGGCCAGCGACCACAGGUCCAGCAAGAUGGUGUCGUGGAUGAUUUCGAGGAUGGUUGUCCUGGCCUUUGGGACGCUCUAUCCAGCGUAUGCGUCAUACAAGGCUGUCAAAACGAAGAAUGUGAAGGAAUAUGUGAAGUGGAUGAUGUACUGGAUAGUAUUUGCCUUGUUCUCUACGGCAGAGACGGCCACAGACUUGUUCCUAUCCUGGUUUCCUUUUUACUUUGAGUUGAAGAUCGCCUUUGUGAUCUGGCUCUUGUCCCCAUACACCAAGGGCUCCAGUGUUCUCUAUCGCAAGUUUGUCCACCCAACCUUGUCCAACAAGGAAAAGGAGAUUGACGAUUAUAUUGCACAGGCCAAAGACAGGAGUUAUGAAACCAUGAUGAGAUUUGGAAAGAGGGGUCUCAACUUGGCUGCUAAUGCUGCAGUAACUGCAGCCACCAAGGGCCAGGGUGUGUUGUCAGACAAGUUGCGCAGUUUUAGCAUGCAGGACCUGACACUCAUCAACACCGAGGAUGAGCUGUCUCUGCACUCUUCAGACGGUCGCAUGAGACGAGACUCUGUGGACGACAUGAGCUCGGGGGCCAGCACGCUUCCCCGGGCCAAGAGCGCCGCUACACGACAGACUCGCUCUAUGGCUCACACGUCCCUUGCAGAUGAGAUAUCAUCCCAACACAGCUCAGACCAAUCAGAUGCAAGAACUGAACACUCUGAUGAGGAUGCAGGAGAAAAGCCCCCCAAGCGGCCCACCACCACCAAGACAACCAAGAAACCUGCUGCAAAGACAGAGGCACAAUGCAAGAUAGUGAAGAAGGCACCAAAGAAAAAGACCACAUCCAGUGCAGAGACACCCCCAUGAGGGCCUCUAUGUCUGCGGGCAUACACUCUCUCCACCCACACCCUGACAGCAACCCCUCCUAUGUCUGGUCUCCACAUGAACACAAAAACAUUAAGCACCAAAUGCUGUCUGCAUUUAGUUUUUGAUGUUUCCCACUCUGUGGUUCUCUUAAUUUGUCUCUCUGUGUAGUGAGUGUUCCCAGUGGUUCUUUUAAGCUUUUAUUUAAAAGUUAUAUUCAUGUUCUUUUCUCGUUUUAGAUGUAGAGUGUGACUGUAUUAGAUGAGAAAGUAACUUGACCAGUAUGUAGACUGACAUGCAUUAGGCAAGUAGCACAAAUUAAAUAUAUGAUUCCUACUUCUUCAUAUUUUUAAAAUUGGCCCUGACCUGUGGGCCCCACAGCCAAGAGAUUGUCCGCUUUAAGUGAAUCUGGCUCAGCGAGCUCAGGUUCACCCUACAGCAAUGGCUUCCUUCCUCAAAAACUCCAAUUGUGUACUGUAGUUGCAACCUUUUGCUGACUUCAUUUUGGAGUUCUGAAGUUGGAUGAAGUUAUGAUCAUUUGUCUGCUGGACUUGAAUUCAGGAAAAUGGCAGAGCGAUAGGUCCUGUGUUGAGUUUGCAUGCUCCCCCUGUGCUUGUGUGGAUUUUCUCCAAGUACUUUGGCUUCCUCCCACAUUCCCAAAACAUGCCUGUUAGGUGACUUGCAGACAGUAAAUUGCCCAUAGGUGGUAAUGUUAGUGUGAAUAGUUGUUUUUCUCUAUGUGCCCUACUAUUGGCUGGCAAGCAGUUCAGCUUCCACAAAAUGUUGCUGGAGUAGUCUCCAGCUCACACAUGACUCCAAUAAGGACAUACACUAUAGAAAAUAGAUAGGUGGAGCCAUGCUAUUUCCACAUAUUUCCAUUCAUAUCACUCGAAUUGCUCAGCUGUGACUGCUGUUUUGUUAUUUUUAUUUGGCUCUUUAAUGGCAGUUUUUUCUUCUCAUCCCCUUUUGUUUUCUAUCCGGAGAGAGUGUUGGGACUUGGCUGUGGUAUUUCUGGUUCACAGGGCUCCACAGGUGUCCCACCAGGCCGCCGCUCUAUUGGGUUCUGUUUUCCUUGGGUGCUGCCUGCUCUAAUGGGAUUUUAAGCAAGAUGCUGAAAGUGUGAAACAAGGUGGAAGCAGUAGGGGGAGACAAAGUCUGCCUCUACCACUGAUAAUGUAAAUAGAAAAACGACUGUAAAUAUUGCGAGUUUGCUUGCCUUAUCUUAUUCUCUGGGCUUUCAGCUGUUUUCUUAUCCAGCAUUUUCAGGUCAAUGUCUCGAUCAAGUAUAGUUUUAAAAGUGGAGGGUCAUUUAGUUUCCAAUGAAGUUUUUUUUUUUUUUUUUUGGUUGGUUUUUUUUAACUUUGUGUUCAGAGACUUAUUCAUGUAUUACACACAAAGACUAUUCCAGACACGGCGACUUUUACACUUUGCUUCCCUGUAGAACCAGAUUGACUGGAAAGUCUUGAUGGCCCAACUGCUGGAAUACUUUGAAUAACAAAACAUUUUUUUUCAAAAUAUUUAUUGUUUACAUUCAGUUUAUAGUAGUAUCGUACACCGACAUGUAUAGUUGUGCAAAUUCUCAAAACUCCAUGUGAAUCACAAAGGUGUGUGCGUUGGAAUGGUAUCUUCAUGUAUCAGUAUUAAAACUGCUAAUAAAGGAGAAUGGACGGACGUGUCAUUUAAUUUUUUUUAUACAUCUAUUAAAUGUAACUGAAUUUCUAUGUGGAGGUUAAUGUUAGUAUGAUUAAAAAUAAUCUUCAUCCA